CCUCAAAUUUGAUUUCGAUUUCUCGUCUUGUAGUUAAACCUUCUCACCCUCCAUGAAGAGCUCCUUCGAUUGAUUGCAAUCCUUGUAAAACCUAAUUUAGCGUUUCCUGAGGAUUUGUAGACUCCAUUAGAAAAUCUCACAAAAAGACUGUUCUUUUUCAAAAAAACCGAAACUUUAAAAACCUCGAUUCUCUCGUCCUCUAAGAACUUCACAGACCCUCUAGUCGUCGCCGCGUGAAACGGAUAUGGAGAGCGAGAGCAGUGAGCAGAUGGGUUCUUCAGGGAUACCAAGAGGAGGCCCAAUUUUUCUGCCAGACAUGGUGGGAGAUCUUUCUACAGUCCCCGAGUUUCAGUCUUCUUUCCUGAAUCUACUUCAGGAUUUGGAGACUCACUUGUCUCGAGAAUCUCCUUCCUCUUCUCAGCCAUUUGAUCUCUCAACUGAUACGCUCAAGAUUUAUACUGAGGAGGAACUUACAGAUAUGGCUAUGAAGGAAGCCUUUCAGGAAGAUAACCCAUCUCAAAAUGAGCUCGAACAAUCUUCCAUCGUUUCUCAUCCUGAAAAUCCAUCAGAUGGAAAUGGAAGAAUGACAACAAGGAAGAGGACUGCAAAGAAGACUGAGGUGAACAAAAAAAAGAAGAAGAAUGAGGUGAACAAAAAAAAGAAGAAGACUGAGGAACCUUAUAUUGCCAAGGUAGAGCAGCUUGCUAAACUCAAACAAAAGCAGGAAGAGGAUAAAGCAGAUGUGAGGCUACACUGCUUCAGCAAAACUUGUGAAGAUGAUGAAGAUGUAAGUUUAUCUCCAGAAGGUUUGAAGCAGAUGCAAUCUCUCAAGUCCAUAGAUAAAUAUAAGGGGGUUAAGCCAUCAGACAUCCAGGGGCCGGUGGAUACGCUAUUUCCUGAAGUCAUUCUGUGUGUUGAGAUUUAUAACAGUCGCAAAUCAAAGACCCAAGAAUUUUUGGUUCUAGGACAUCAAGUGUUGACUGAAUUAAAGGACAAGAUACACUGCCUUACAAAUCAGGUGAUGGAAAAGGCUGGAAAAUAUGAUCCCUCUGGAUACUUCCUCAUUGAAGAUAUCUUUCACAAUGAUUUAAGGAGUCCCUCAGCAACAGAUUACAGCAAACCUAUAUUAGAUUGGCUUUGGAACUCAAAAGAUGAAGCUGUUAAAAAAUGGGAAGGUAUUAUAACCGGAGAAUUAAAGCAAAAGCAGAAAGCUGUUCUAGGUGAACAGAAAGCCAUGGGUUUACCUUGUUUCGGAUCUGCAGACAUGCAGAGUACACGCUUCUGUGAUUUAAGAUUCAGACUCGGAGCUAGUUAUCUUUAUUGUCACCAGGGAGAUUGCAAGCACAUGAUAGUGAUACGGGACAUGAGGCUGAGUCAUCCAGAGGAUGUUCAGAACAGAGCGGCUUACCCGAGACUCACGUAUCGAUUGAAAGUUAAGGCUCAUAAGUGCGGCGUUUGCAGCAUAUAUAGAGCUACUAAGGUCGCAUUGGAUGACAAGUGGGCAAAAGAGAAUCCUUGCUAUUUCUGUGAUAUGUGUUUUGACCAGCUGCACAACGAGGGAAGCUCUCUUAAAUGUGACUUCCCAGUCUUUGAUUAUGUGUAUGAGUAAAGAGGUUCUUCUUGUUGCAGUAUCCUUAGAUAGAAAGGAGCAAUCUUUGUAGAUGCAAGAAGAAGACCUGAGUCUUGUCUUGGCAUAUUUUAUAACACUUUGCGAGUCUCGCAGGAAAUUUUGAUGGAAAUUA